CCCACACGACCCGAGGACGGCGCGUUGUAUUGACCGGGAGGGGAGGGGCGAAAGGGCCUUUAUGCCAAGCGAGGGAACAGCACCAGCAGCAGCAGCAGCCGACCAGGUAGCCGCAACGGCAAGAUGACAGACUCGCUGCACAACGCGCCCAUCGUCCUCGACAACGGGUCGGGCACGAUCCGGGCCGGCUUCGCAGGGGAGGACCUGCCCAAGUGCUACUUCCCGUCGUUCGUCGGCCGGCCCAAGCACCUGCGCGUGCUGGCGGGCGCGUUGGAGGGCGAGGUCUUCAUCGGCCAGAGGGCGGCGACCGAGCUUCGGGGCCUGCUCAAGAUCCGGUACCCGCUCGAGCAUGGCAUCGUCACGGACUGGGACGACAUGGAGAAGAUAUGGGGUUACGUGUACGAUGAGGGGUUGAAGACGUUGAGCGAAGAGCACCCCGUCCUCCUCACAGAGCCGCCGCUCAACCCGCGGAGCAAUCGAGACACGGCGGCGCAGAUCCUCUUUGAGACCUUCAACGUGCCCGCCCUCUACACGUCGAUCCAGGCGGUGCUCUCCCUCUACGCGAGCGGCCGGACGACGGGCGUGGUCCUGGACUCGGGCGACGGCGUGUCCCAUGCCGUGCCCGUCUACCAGGGCUUCACCGUGCCCAACAGCAUACGGCGCAUCGACGUGGCCGGCCGGGACGUCACCGAGUACAUGCAGACGCUGCUGCGCAAGAGCGGCUACGUCUUCCACACCAGCGCCGAGAAGGAGGUCGUGCGCCUCAUCAAGGAGUCCGUCACCUACGUCGCCCAGGACCCCCGCAAGGAGGAGAAGGAGUGGGCCGCCGCCAAGAUGGACCAGGCCAGGGUGGCCGAGUAUGUGCUGCCGGACGGCAACAAGCUGAAGAUCGGGGCAGAAAGAUUCCGCGCCCCCGAGAUCCUCUUUGACCCCGAGAUAAUCGGGCUCGAGUACCCCGGCGUCCACCAGAUCGUGGUCGACUCCAUCAACAGGACGGACCUCGACCUCCGAAAAGACCUAUACCAGAACAUCGUCCUGUCGGGAGGCAGCACCCUGACCAAGGGCUUCGGGGACAGGUUGCUGUCCGAGGUAAAGCGGCUGGCCGUCAAGGACAUGAGGAUAAAGAUCUUUGCGCCCCCGGAGCGGAAGUACUCUACCUGGAUCGGGGGUAGUAUCCUCGCCGGGUUGAGUACUUUUAGAAAGAUGUGGGUCAGCAUCGACGACUGGCACGAGAACCCGGAUAUCAUUCACACAAAGUUCACAUAGUCGGAUUACCCGAUCGAUGGCAGCGUCCAGAACGUGACUGUGACGGCCCCUUUUCUAUGUCAGGGGCAUCAUCAAGAUGAAGCCAACAACGUUGUUGCGCCAUUCUCUGGACGACGCCGAACCGUCGCCGCCGCCUCGCAGCGUGAGUCGAGUCGUCCGAGUUGGGAACUAGCCCGACCGGUCGCGACCGGGGGAACCAUGCUGAGAGUUGGCAAUAUGAAAGGGGGGAAGGUUGUUCAUUGUGGCAGAUAUACUCGACGUGCCGGGCGAACUGUAUCGAAAGCUUGUAGCCUGUUCAGGCGUUAUAGAGGAAAAUAAGUGAAUGAUACCCAAGUAUUUUGAUGACGCUGCUCUCCCCGAACUCGGGAACUUUACGAGACCUUGGGUGAGGCUGGGUUGGUUUGUUUGGAAAGAUAGUCAAGCAUCAACUAGACCAAGGCACCACCAGGAUUAGGAGUGACGUGAUAGAAUCGACUCAAGCUGAUUC